AUGACGGAGCGCCUCGACUCCUUCUUCAUCGCGCUCUUCCUGCCCGUUUACAUGGCGCUCUCCGGCUACCGCACCGACCUCGCCGAGUUCACCAGGUCCGAGGCGUCGGAGAAGUGGUGCGCGCUGGAGCUGUUCGUGGCGGUCUGCGUGUCCGGCAAGCUCGUCGGCUGCGUCGCCGCGGGGCUCUUCUUCACCAUGCUGUUCCGGGAUGCCAUCGUGCUGGCGCUCAUGCUCAACAUCCCGGGCAUCGUGGAGGCGACGGCGGAGCACUACCCGUCGGGGCAGUUCGCGCGGGCGAAGCGGCGGUUGCUGGAGCACGCGCGGCUCAGCGCCGACCUCCGCGUGCUCACCUGCCUCUACAGCGAGGACCACGCGGCGCCGCUGAUCGACCUGCUGGAGGCGUCGGGCUCCUCCCGCGAGUCGCCCAUGUCGCUCAUCGUGCUCCACCUCACGGAGUUCGUCGGCCGCGCCGCGUCCGUGCUGAAGCCCCACCGGAAGAGCACGAGGUCGUCCAACAGCAGCGGCAACCCGACGCCGUCGGACCGCAUCGUGAACGCAUUCCGGUACUUGGAGCAGCAGGCGUGCGGCGACCCCGUGUGCAUCCGAUGUUCGGCGCCGAGACAGUGGUGCUCGCCCACAAGCUGUUUGACAAAAUGCAUUGUUAAGAGCUGCUCGAGAAGGACAUGUCAGCAGGCCACGUCAGCAUGA